AUGACUCAGUCAUCCAUCCUGCCUCAAGCUUCCACUCCCUCUGCUCCACCUCAACUUUCCAGUGCUCCAUCUGCUCCACCCUUGCCGGUGUCAGGUCUAACUGAUGGGACUUCAGACAAUGUCAUAGAUGCAAUCUCAACCUUCCUGGGGAGUUUGGUUUUGAUGCCCACUCAAGCAAAGGCCCUUGUCAAAGUCAUUAUGGCUCUGGUCACUGAAGAUGCAUCAUCUCAUGUCAAGACUGAAUUAUCCUCCAAGGCGAAUCCUUCAUCUAGCGGCUUCAAAUUGACUGGCAUCCCUGCCAAUGAAUUUGUUCCUGACUCCAACUCCUUGGCCAUCUAUGUGACACUUGGCUCUUACAAUGCCAAGUCACCAAGUGUUGUCAUGAUUGAGGAGUCACACGAGACCUUCACCAAAGUGGCCAAUGCUAUGGCUGAUGAGUGUUUCCUGUACUACUACCAGGGCAUGUUAUAUAACAUGCCUGCUGUGCCCAGUCCUAGUCCUCCUUACUACUGUGUGACACGUGGUUGUUAUGUUGGGGUUUUCAAUGGCUGGGACAAUGUCGCACCAAAGGUUCAGGGCAUCCCGUGUGCUAUUUUCUCUAAGGUUGAAUUGCUUGAAGCAGGUGAGGAAAAAUUGAGGAAGGCCAUCGAACAAGGCAAAGUUACCAAAGUCUGA